CCAUGUGUUUUUCUAGCACUCUGGGUAAAGAUGUCAGCUUCCUGGUCCUGUUACAGGUUUACUCUAUAGUAUUUUCCUAUUAACUACGGGAUUUAGUUUCGUGGUUUUGUUUCCAGCUUUAUGAGUACUCUCAUGUCUAGUUUUACGGUUGAUACAAUAUUAAAUUAAAACAGAUAAAGAUGGAGAAUAGUGUGAGUAGCGACAGCCUCGGGUCCAAGCAGUCAUCCUCCCGGCAGCCCAGUGUGGAUUCAUUAUCCAGUUCUUCCACAUCCCGAUCUGAUCGCUCCUACCACACAAAGCCGGAUCCAUCAUCUGAUUCCGUUUCCACAUCAACAGACUUCUCACCAGAGCUCAGGGUGCUAAGGGAUGCUAAUAAAUUGGCUCAGUUGGAAGAACCGCGCUUGCUACCAAAGGAAUCGAUACAGGACAUGGCCAAAGAUGUUACUUAUAUCUGUCCAUUCAUUGGUGACAUAAGAGGGACAUUGACUGUUACAAACUACAGACUGUUUUUCAAAUGCAUGGACAAGGAUCCAGCGUUUGUUCUUGACAUUCCACUGGGGGUGAUCAGUCGAAUUGAGAAGAUUGGGGGAGCUUCGAGCCGUGGGGAGGUUUCUUACGGGCUGGUCUGUAAAGACAUACGAAACCUGCGGUUUGCUCAUAAACAGGAAGGGGACGCCAGGAGAUCCAUAUUUGAGAAUCUCAUGAAGUUUGCAUUUCCUGUUUCCAACAACCUGCAAAUGUUUGCAUUUGAAUAUGGGCAGAUUUUCCCUGGUAAUGGCUGGAAAGUGUAUGACCCAAUUGCAGAGUAUAAGAGACAGGGAUUGCUCAACGAAAGCUGGAGAGUAACAAAGAUCAAUGACCAUUAUGAGCUGUGUGAUACCUACCCUGCUGUGCUGGUUGUGCCAGUGAACAUUCCUGAUGAAGAAUUAAAGAAAGUGGCAGCCUUCCGAGCCAAAGGGAGAAUCCCAGUGUUGUCAUGGAUCCACCCAGAGAGUCAGGCCACAGUGACGCGCUGCAGCCAGCCCAUGGUGGGGGUGAACGGGAAGCGCUGCAAGGAGGAUGAGAAGUACCUGCAGGCUAUCAUGGAUGCCAACGCCCAGUCACACAAACUAUUCAUCUUCGAUGCCCGGCCCAGUGUCAACGCUGUUGCCAACAAGACGAAAGGAGGAGGCUUCGAGAGCGAGGACGCCUACCAGAACGCAGAGCUGGUCUUCUUGGACAUACACAACAUCCACGUGAUGAGGGAGUCUCUGCGCAAACUCAAGGAGGUGGUCUACCCCGACAUCGAGGAGUCCCGCUGGCUCUCCAACCUGGAGUCCACACACUGGCUGGAACACAUCAAGUUGAUCCUGGCAGGAGCUCUGCGCAUUGCUGAUAAGGUGGAGUCUGGGAAGACCUCUGUGGUGGUGCACUGCAGCGACGGUUGGGACCGGACUGCCCAGCUUACCUCCCUGGCCAUGAUGAUGCUGGAUAGUUAUUACCGUACUAUCCAGGGUUUCCAGGUGCUCAUUGAGAAGGAGUGGCUCAGCUUCGGACACCGCUUCCAGCUGAGAAUUGGCCAUGGGGACAAGAAUCACACGGAUGCAGACAGGUCACCUGUAUUUUUGCAGUUCAUUGACUGUGUGUGGCAGAUGACAAGACAGUUUCCUGCAGCGUUUGAGUUCAACGAAUACUUUCUGAUCACCAUAUUAGACCACCUGUACAGCUGCUUGUUUGGAACAUUCCUUUGUAACAGUGAACAGCAGCGAGUAAAAGAGGAACUGCAGAAAAAGACUGUCUCACUGUGGUCAUACAUUAACAGCCAGCUGCAGGAGUUCACCAACCCACUGUAUGUGAACUACUCAAACCACGUUCUGUUCCCAGUGGUGAGCAUGCGCUACCUGGAGCUCUGGGUGGGGUACUACAUCAGGUGGAACCCAAGAAUGAGACCACAGGAGCCUGUUCACCAGCGCUACAAGGAGCUCCUGGCGAAGAGGGCGGAGCUUCAGAAGAAGGUGGAGGAGCUGCAGCGCGAGGUGACCAACCGGUCAGCCUCCUCGUCCUCCGAGCGAGCCGGCUCGCCCGCACGCUCCAUCACCCCCGUACAAACCUUCGUCUAAAAAAACAGCCCUCUGGCCUAUUUACUGAAAACGCUAGCCAGUUUAGUGCUUAAAUUAAAAAUAUGUAGUACUUAAAGCUAAUAAAUACACUACACUGCAGUAUAUUAUUGCAGGGCUUACUCGAGCUAAUGCCAUUCCAUAGUAAGUAGUGACACCCGCUGGAAGGCACAGGGACUGCAGUGGCAGCAAAUGUCUUUUCCUGUGCUGGGAGUCUUAACACACUACCACUUAAAAGGACAUGUCUCAAAGCCACCUAUUGGAUAUGUAACACACUGCAGCAGAGAGAAUUGCACAAAUGAGUCAAGUGACAGAACUUGUAUAUGGCACCUCCACAUUGUUGGUGUAAAAUGCUGCUAAAUGGCAAAAAUGACUGGACAGUGUUUGACCGUUUCCCCAUUGCGGGUAUAUUCACCAAAGAAUAUAUUACAGGCUCGAGAAAUAUUAAAGUUUCCCUGUGUCACCUGCAAUAGAAGUCUAAGAGCUAGUUUUGCGGUAACCCAGUCGUGGCGACAUAAUGCAAAGAAUGUGCCUCAUAAAGGUGCUGAAUAGCUGUGAAAGUACAGUAGUACAAAUCCAUUCCCUGUGUUCUUGAGGAGUUCUAAAUAGCUAGUUCCACCAAAUUUACUUGAAACACAUCAACUUACAUCAUUUUUGUCUGUGUUGCUUAAUAUUUUUAGUUCACAUAUAUUAACAGGAUGCUUUAUGUAACAAACUAAAGCAUCUUUUAACACUACGGAGAACAGAAAAGUGUGUCAACCUGUUCUGUGUUUGGGAUGGUGCCCAGAAAGCCCUCCACUUUAACAUGUUUAACAUAAAGUUGUUGAAUUUUAGGCGUUCCUAGAGAAUAUUACUGUCAGGAUAGCCAAAUAUGCAGUUAGCCUACAUUGCACUACUCAUAAUAAUACUAACACUAGCAGUUAAAAUUAAUGAUUUAUUAUAAUUAAGACUAAAAUCAUUAGAUUAUAUCUACUGUGCUAGUACUUAACAUGUUUACCUUGGUUUGAGACUUAUUUAUUAUUUUAAUGUUACAUAUUGAGCAAUAUUGCAGACCUCUAUGUUACAGUAGUUUGUUUGUAAAUGCAUAUUUAUUUUAUUGCUUAAAUAUUAAUACAUAUUUAACCUUUAAUCUUUCCUGUUGGGAGUGCUCAGUGUUAAUCACAGUCACUAAAUGUUUUGGCUGUCUAUGUGGCCAUAAAAAAGACAAGGGGAACAUUAUGAAUGUGAGCUGGGUUCUCUGUAAUGUUAUUUCUUCAUGUUUUCUGUAUUUAUCAUAACAUUCCUAACAUCAGUUAUGUUACUUCCAUAAAUAAAAAAAAAAAAACUA